AUGACACCUCAAGAAGCAUGGUGUGGACAAAAACCGAGUAUACAUCACUUCAAGAUCUUUGGAAGCCUUGCUUACGAUCAUGUUCUAGCUCAGCUCAGAAUGAAGCUUGAUGAUAGAAGCAAGAAGUAUAUUUUGAUCGGGUAUGAUGAAAAGGCAAAAUCCUACAAAUUGUACAACCCUAUUACAGGAAAAAUUCUGGUAAGUCGAGAUGUCCAGGUAGAUGAGGAAAGUGAGUGGAGCUGGAGUAACUCUGAAAAGACUUCGGGGAGCUCAAACUCUGAGAAUGAGAGCUCGGAGAUAAUAAGGAGAAGCUCGGAGAUAACAAGGAGAAGCUCGGAUAGAACCAAUGAGCAUUCCGAGGAAGAUGAUGAACCUGAGCAGCUUAGAACUCAGAGCUUGCAAGACAUCUACAACUCCACUGACGAGUUACAUGUAGUAUGUCUAUUGACAGGAACAAAAGAUAUAAAAUUUGAAGAGGCGGUACUUAAUGAGAGAUGGAAGAAAGCAAUGGAUGAGGAGAUCGGAUCAAUUGAGAAGAGUGAGAUGGGAAGCAAAGCUGAGCUAGUUGAGGAGUUCAAAGAAGUGAUAAAGAGGGAGUUUGAGAUGACCGAUUUGGGCAUCAUGAAGUAUUUUCUGGGUUUAGAGGUGGACCAAAGAACAGCAGGCCAUCUCUUAUUCAAUAAAAAUUACAGUGAGUUGCUACGAUCACCCAUAAUUUUUGUAUUACUCGUCUCUUCAUUUUCUACAAAACUGUGGGAUAAUAAGAAAGAAAUGAAAGUCACGCGUGUUAGUGGAAAAUCGGAUUAUGGUGUUUAUGGUAUAUGUGGACCUUUCACGAGAUGUAAUGCACAGAGCUCACCAAUAUGUAGCUGUUUGAAAGGAUUUGAGCCAAGCAAAAAAGAGGAAUGGGAUAGACAAAACUGGACUAGUGGAUGCAUUAGGAGCACAGGUUUGCAGUGUGAAAGGACAAAAGAUCAAAACACAAGUGCAGAUACAAAUGAAGAUGGAUUUUUGAAACUGCAAAUGGUUAAAGUUCCAGAUUUUCCAAAAGGGUCUCCUACUGAACCUGACUUGUGCAAAAGCCAGUGCUUGGAGGAUUGCUCUUGUAUUGCCUAUUCUCACGAUGAUGGGAUUGGUUGUAUGUCUUGGAUUGAGAAUCUACUUGACAUUCAACAAUUCUCAACUGGAGGACUUGAUCUAUAUGUCCGUGUAGCCUAUACUGAAGUUGAACUUCGUAUGCUUCUUGUAAAGGGAAUAUCAUUUAAUGAUGGUGAAUACAUGUGUUUUGCUAACAUGUAUGGACAUGAUGUAUGA